ACACGUACCUAUUGAACGACAGACAGCGCCGCACCGCCCGCCGCUCUCCUCGCAAAUGCUGCAAUCGCUGGCUAUCCAUUUCAUCACAAACUCUCUUCUCAACAUGUCCCCAACGCCGCCGGUCCUCCGUGUUCCACCUACAUCUACCGGCGCUGCAACCACUUCUUUACACUUCUCGGCGGCAUUUUCCAGAACAGGUCAUCAACAUUUCUCCCAGCGCAAUUCUCCUUAUAUUGUGAAAGACCUUUGGCAACUGUCAAAUAACACCUGGAAAGCAAGAAUAGUUCUGUCUCGUUCCCGGAAUCCCGAAGAUUUCUUGGAUUAUGAAGUCAUUUUGAUCGGCAAAGGUGAGAAGCGGAGUUGUAUUAUUCCGGUAGGAGAGCUUGAAUCCAGGGUAGCCACAGUAGGGUUCUUGCUGGCCAGGGAUGUAGAAUGGGAAGCUUAUCUUUUGGCCCCCACAGGUGGUGGGAAUACUGCAGACUUUGUGCAGAAAAUCAACAGCUAAAGUCUUUCUUUCUAAGCUAAAGAAUGUGAAGAAAAAGAGAUUUAUCAAUGGAUAGAGAGGGAGGAGGAGGAGGAGGAGGAGGCUAAAAAAAUGGUUGUGAUCCA